AUGAACCAAAAUUUUAUUUUCCUAUUCACGUUCUUGGCUAUGCUUUACGUUGUUAACAUUAAUGCUCUUCCGCAUCGACGUGAUGAAACCUUUGAAAAUGAUGGGUUUGUUUCAUGUGAGCCAAAUAUUCCCCCAGAACUCAGCGUAUCUUUUACGCCUAAUCCCCUAGUUUCGAAUGCUAAUGCUACCUUCGAAGUCGCUGGAAGUCUACUUAUUGAUGCACCAAGCAAAUUCAAUAUGGAUAUUAUUGUAUAUACAGAUACCUCUGAGUUUCAUGACAGCAGUCCCGUAGAACCGACAACCCUACUCAAAGCUGGAGAUAAAUUUGAUUUUUUUGAAGAUUUUACGAUGCCGGUCUUACCUGAAAAUUACCUGAUUCAGGUUUCGUUAAAUUCUCUCGACACGACUCUGGCCUGUUCAAACAGGACUUUUCCAUAG